AGCCCUGGGAAGCCCCCACCCCCACCCCCGGGGCACCAGACACCCACAGAGGCACUCCAGCUUCAGGGCGCUCUGGGAGAGAAGGCCGCUCUAGGACAAGCAAGAUGGAGAAGUGCCUGCACCCUGUGCCUUUCAUCCAGACUAAUUUGGCUGGUUCAAGGGACGAUCACUUUGGAUAGCUUAUUACAGCUUCUCUCACGACAUUCCUGGCGUGCAUGUCACAAGUCACUAGGAUCAAGAACCGAGUCAGUUUUGCUCUCAGCGGCUCCUGGGGCCACCAGCCGUGAUUCAUCUUCUCUCCUAAAUGACCACUGAGGAAGACAAUGAAUGAAGUGAAAGAAUCCCUGCGAAGCAUCGAGCAGAAGUACAAGCUCUUCCAACAGCAACAGUUCACCUUCAUCGCCGCUCUGGAGCACUGCAGGGAGAAUGCCCAUGACAAGAUCCGGCCCAUCACCAACAUCGGACAGGUCCAGAGCUACAUGGAACACCACUGCAACAAUUCCACAGACCGGCGCAUUCUGCUCAUGUUCCUGGACAUCUGCACGGAGCUGAGCAAGCUCUGCCAGCGCUUCGAAGCCCUGCACUCGGGCACCCCGGUCACCAACAACCUCCUUGAGAAAUGCAAAACCUUUGUUAGCCAAAGCAAUGACUUAAGCAGCCUUAGAGCAAAGUAUCCUCAUGACGUGGUGAACCACCUCAGCUGUGACGAGGCCAGGAACCACUACGGAGGUGUGGUCAGCCUCAUCCCCAUCAUCCUAGACUUAAUGAAAGAAUGGAUCGCCCACUCGGAGAAGCUGCCCCGCAAAGUGCUGCAGCCUGUGAGUGAGCCCCCGGCAUGCCAGGAAGCCACUGGGGCAGCCACUCGUCCUUCCCAGACCACAGGCACCCAGCCUUGGUUAAGAAAACACAAGUGUAGGCAACUUACAAAAGACACCCUCAAACCCAGGGGGAAAGACAAAGGAUGUUCUAAACCUCCCUGGAGACCACCUGGUGGGAAACUGUAACUCAGCCGGUGACCUGCUGUAUCCCCUUCCCAAUCCCGCAUGUGAGGUGCUUUGUUACUAAAUGUGGUUUCCACUGCUUGA